GGAGCAGACGAGCCUUCAGCAGUCUUCCCCAAAUCUACUCUUAAAGCAGCUUAAUACUACAGAGACGAGAGCAUGAUCUGCCACGAGACGCUUCAUGUCUCAAGGGCACAUUUAACGGCUAAUGAAUCAUUCUUCAGCAAAGAGAAACGGAUCGUACUCGAACUUUAAACACCAAGGAUUAAUGCGAGUGAUUUAGAAAGUUUUUUUAUAGACUGAAAACCUGAAUCAUUCAUAGCAGCGAACUGUACAAGUGGUCACUGCACUUUGGACAGGCAGUAGCCAGGAAUGGUGGAUCACUUGCUGCUUGAUGAAGAGACUUUCUUUACUUACACUUGUUUGCUGCCAGCCCACAAUCCAUCGGAUAUGGUGACAGACGAGGGGGUGUACCAUAUGCUUCCAUCACCAUUCUCAGAGGAUAACCUGAGUGACUCAUCUAGCCCAUGUUCCUGUUCCAGCCCUGAGUCUCAGGUGCUGGGCUCUAGUUGUGGGAGUAACUCAAGUGGAGACAGUCAAGAUGGCCUCCUUGACUUCCUUCACUCUCAGUCCCUAACUGUGAGCCAAAACUCGCCAUCCUGCACCUCCAUAUCUCCCAUGGUCCCUCCUGUUCUUCCCAUGGGUCUGGCUUGGGAGUCACGACGGGACCGCAACACCAAAGAGGAGUGCUUUGAGUUCCCUGUUUUCCCUGGAGAUUUGGAGGACCAUGAAGGGCAACUGUUUCAGCCCACUCUGGAAGAGAUCGAGGAGUUCCUGGAGGAGAACAUGGAAGUGGUAGCCUUGAAAGAGGAAGCUGGAGAGGGUCUAGUGACCUGUGAGAGCGUCCAAGGACCUACAUCAGAACCUUGGGCUCAAAGCUUAGACCAAACAGUGCCUGUCUCAAGUGACAUAGUUGACAGCAACUCUGAUCCCAAAAGUGCACAAUCUGCAGAAGAGGCCUUUACAAAUCCUCAGAACACAUUGAAAAAGGAUGACUCUUCUGGGAAGCUAGUGAUGGUGGAGAGUCCAAGCAUGCCGGUGAUAUUACAGCUCCAGCCCAUUCAAGUGAAACAGGAACUGAGCCCUAAAACUGCCCCCUCGACACCAACACCACAACCUGCCUCAGACAUCAAAAUAACCCAGCUCCUCGUCAACAUCCAGGGUCAAACCUUCGCCCUGGUUCCUCAGGUGAUCCCACCGGCAAGCCUUAACAGCUCGUCCUCCAAAUUUGUCCGAAUUGCCCCAGUUCCCAUUGCCGCUAAGCCCUUAGGUCUAGGGGAGAACGGAACAGUUGAUGGCCAGGGAACAGGGCUUGUAGUUGGGGGUCACAAAUUCCAGAAGAGCUCGGUGGCUGAUCUUAUUAAAAUGCACAAGUGUACUUUCCCUGGCUGUGCCAAGAUGUACACCAAAAGUAGCCAUCUAAAGGCGCACCUGAGGAGACACACUGGUGAGAAACCAUUUGCCUGCACUUGGCCUGGCUGUGGCUGGAGAUUUUCCCGGUCGGACGAGCUGUCACGGCAUCGCCGGUCUCAUUCUGGAGUUAAGCCCUACCAGUGCCUCGUCUGUGAAAAGAAAUUUGCCCGGAGCGAUCACCUGUCCAAACACAUCAAAGUCCAUCGCUUUCCACGAAGCAGCAGGACAGCGCGCACUGCACACUGACCCCACACAACCCCCCACCAUGGAGAGAGAUAGAGAUAGAAAGACCGAAGGAAUGAAAGAGAGAAAGACAGAUUCAUUUGUGGUACUGUGAUAAUUUAUUACAUGAGGCUUGGAUGAACUGAAAAAGAGUUUCUUCUGAAACUGUUACUUGACUCGUCGGCCUCACGGAUGUCGUAAACUUCGUAGAUUGUAUUUUUGUAGCGUUCAUGAUUGUUUUCUAUGUUUUGAGAACAAAUUUGUUUGCAAAAUUUAACAUUCAAAGCAUUUUUUGUUGUACCUUGAGGUAUGAAUUGUUGAUGUAUCUGCCAGUCAUCAACAUUCCUUGUUCAAAAUCAUGAUAAAGUUACUUCUCUUUGCCAACAUAAUGUGUUUAGCUCCUCUAAACCAAAAAAAACCCUUGGGUUCAUUUGAACUACUGAUCAUUGGUAGGACUAUGCCAUUAUAAGCUAUUGGCAAAAACAGAGGCUUUUUCUCUUGAUUUUUGGUUGUACGCUAGCAAACUGUGAAACGCCUCCAGACAGACUAUAGAGCAAAUUGACGGAAGUCAAAACACGCACAUUUGACGGAUGUGAAUGGGCCUUCUGAUCAGUAUUGAAUUUUUUCCUGAUGUUUUAGUUGAUAAUACAAUUUUUUUUCAUUUCA